CUGAGCUGCAGACCUCCUCAGGAAACAUUUGAGCCACAUCAGGACAUUAGAGGACCAGCAGAUGAAGAUUCUUCUCUACAUGACAAGUGGGCUUUUAAGCAAUAUCUGCAUGACGCCACAGAUCUGGUCCUGGGUUCCCAAGAUUUAGCAUCAGGAGUUCAUUCUCUGUUUUAAGAAAUCCUGGAUAGAAAGGAUGACUCGUGGUUUGCUGCUGCUGGUGUUGAUGGUGGGACUCUGUCAGGCCUACCAAGCCUCCUCCACCUCGACAUCCCAGGCUGCAGGUGCGGUCCCCGUAGCCCAGGUGAGGAUGCUGUCUCUUGGACUGGCUCACCUCCUGCAGGGAGUCCAGGACAACGGCAAGCGUCUGGAGCAGCAGGGAGAGCAGGUGGACGCAGAGCUGGACGGGGUGACUAAGAGUGUGGAGAGCCUUCAUAAGCAGAGUCUGCAGGCGGGACGGACGCACAGGCAGGUGAGGAAGGACUUGCAGAUCCUGAGAGCCAGAGGAGACCGGCUGUGGAAGACAUUCAAAGAUCUGCAGAAGGGCCUGGAGGAUCUGGAAGCAGAGCAGGGAGCCAUGCAGCGUCGAAUGAACCUGAUGAUUCAGAGAGUCACGAGUCUGAAUGAACCGAGGAGCAAGGGUCAGACUGAACUUGACAUCGGAUCUAUGAAGGACAUGAUGAAUAAACAGGCCAGGCGACUAGCAAGUCUGACCUUGCUGGUUUCAGCCCAGGACAGAGUAAUUAACAGACGCCAGCAGCACAUCCAACACCUGGAGAAACAGGUGUCUAAAAAAACUCCCAGCAGCACUGAGGGCAGAAUCAGAGUCUGACUGUGUCUGAUGAGAACAGCUGCAUCAACAAAAAACAUCCAAUCCAGACGACAACCUACGAACUGAGACCUGAAAUUUACAACAUAUGUGUCCAGUUUUGACAAAUACCUUUGUUUUUUUUCUUUUUUUUUAAACAGAACUGUUCAUUUAUAUUCAAAUACAACUAAAAAAAAAUAUUCUGAGUUGUGUUGGCGCUGACAUGUGUUGUCCUGUGUUUGAGGCUGGUUUAAAAAUAAAACUCCUGCUCUCAUGC